CAUCAUUGCUGGCACAACAGCAGCACAGAGCGCAACGGCUUGCACCGCAAUUCGAUGAACUAAAACAAAAAAGUUGUAUAGAAUAUUAAAAUUGUGAAUAUUUAGCAAACUCGAAACUCGAAUAAUGUCGAAUGAAACGUUUAAAGUAGGGCGCGCUUGUCUGGUAUUAGGCGUGGCGCUGUUCUUCACGCCGAUCGGGCUUCUAAUUGCAGUGUCAAUAUAUUUCUAUAACACUUUUGUGGCAAGAAAAGCGUGCAAAAAUAUUGCAGGCGAAGUGGCUGUGGUCACAGGCUCAGCAGGCGGCCUGGGUAAAAGUAUUGCUGCAGAAUUGGCCUCCAAAGGAUGCAAUGUCGCCAUAUGCGACAUUAAUUAUAAACUAGCAGAGGUGACGGCCAAGGAAAUUGCCGAUAAAUAUGGCGUCAAAGCAAACGCUUAUAAGGUGGACGUCACUAAAUACGAAGAAGUUGUAGAUCUCAAAGAAAAACUAACCAGAGAGAUUGGCCCCGCCACAAUUCUAGUCAAUAAUGCCGGCUUGCUGAUCCACUCGGAUCAGCUGAAUCCAACAGUUGAGGAAAUAGAGUUGAUGGUGAAAGUCAAUUAUAUGUCACAUUUUUGGACAAAUCGCGUAUUUUUGGAAGAUAUGAAGAAGGCCAAUAAAGGACACAUUGUCGCCAUUUGCUCCGUGGCAGGUCUCGUCACACUGCCUUACAGCGAACCCUAUUGCAGUAGCAAAAACGCUGUGCGCGCCCUAAUGCGUGUCUUGCGCGCCGAACUGAAGCUUGAAGGACUGAAUAUCGAUGCUACUACGGUAUUUCCCUCUUUCCUGCAAACGCAUGCUCGGGUCAAACAGUUUGCCACCGACAGCGGUUUCUCAGAUUUAUAUCCGCUGCUGGAGGGUGAGGAUGUGGCGAAGAGAAUUGUGCAAGGCAUGUUGCAGCGUGAAGUGGAGGUGGCGGUACCCGGCUUCUUCAUGCUCACCUAUCGUCUAAUAUCCCUUUUACCCGCACGCGCUCAAGAUUGGGUGACUUAUAUGCCAAUGAUGCGUUUGAACACCUUCCAACGCGCAUUCGCAUCAAUCAAGGAGCAGUAGUGACUGAUUCCCGAUUGCCAACAGCAGGUGCAGCCUAAUUUGUACGGAAAAGUGUAUAAAUAUAUUUUUUAAUUAGUUUUAAGUUUAAAGUAAUUGGGAAAUUUAAUAUUUUUCAGUUAACUGUGUCAAAACUGUCGAACAAAUAAAAUUCUGAUAAUAUAAAGAAA